AUGGAAGAAGAUUUGCAUUUUAAGAUUCAAAUGUAGGAGAUGCCAUCAGCUCCUCCAAAACCCUUAAUAUAAACAUCGACAGAUGAACCAACCAAAUUGUCUGUAGCCUCAACUUCAGAUUCUGUUCCUCUUUAAACGUCAAAUUAUGACUUGAAUCGUGCAUCUCAUCCUAAAGCGUGCAUUUUCACAUGUCUAUUCAAAGCACUUGCAUUAAUAUUCUACCUCAUUUUCGGAGAAAGCAUUUGGUCAUUCAUAUUGGUGAUUAUUUUCUCCGCAUUUGACUUUUGGACCGUUAAGAAUAUCACUGGAAGAUUGUUGGUUGGUUUAAAGUGGGAGAAUAUCAUUAUGGAGGAUGGGUCUUCGAAAUGGGAAUUCUACUCCCUCCCCAAUAAAUAGGUGAAUGCAGUCGAUAAAACCUUUUUUUGGACUGCCCAGUUAGGCUUUACUUUGGCUUGGGCAGUGUUUACUUUUUCAAAUAUGAUCUCAUUUACAUUAAUGAAAUUUGUGAUCGACGUAAUAGGAUUAUCGUUGUGUUGGACAAAUCUGGUCGGAUACUACAAAUGCAAUGGAGAUCACAAAUAGAAAGUGAAAGAUUUGUAAGGAGAUAUUACAAACAAGGUAGUUACUAAUUUUGUUGGUUAAAUGAUGUCUAAAUGA